AUGUCCCAACCUAAGGAUGAACUUCCUACAGGUGAUCACGAAUCACUAAUGUGGGCAACAAUUGGAGCUCACGCUGGCCGGUAUUUAUACUUUCAAGGCAAGUAUGAAGAAGCAGAGGCGAUGCAUCGAUAUGCGCUUAUGGAUCGAGAGAAAGUACUAGGCCUGGGCCAUCAUAAUACAUUUAACAGUGUUAAUGACCUUGAUUUAGCCCUUGCUCACCAGGGUAAAUAUCAAGAAGCAGAGGUGAUACUUCGACGUGGUCAUGGCAAGUAUCAAGAAGCAGAGGUGAUAUAUCGAUAUAUGCUCAGGGGUCGUAAGAAAAUAUUAGGUCUAGAUCAUCCUGACACGCUUACCAGUGUCGAUAAUCUUGCCUCAGUCCUUGAAAGCCAGGGCAAGUAUGAUGAAGCGAAUACUAUCCAUCAGGAAGCCAAAGGUCGAACAAGCUACUGA